AAGGGUGGAAAGAAUCGGAGAAGGGGAAAGAACGAAAACGACGAUGACAAGCGUGAACUCGUUUUCAGGGAGGAUGGCCAGGAGUACGCUCAGGUCACCAAGAUGUUGGGCAACGGUCGGCUGGAGGCCGUCUGCUUUGACGGAGAGAAGCGGUUAGCGCACAUCCGUGGCAAGAUGCGCAAGAAGGUUUGGAUUAACCAAGGAGAUAUUAUCCUACUCUCGCUCCGAGACUUCCAGGAUGACAAGGCGGACGUCAUCGUUAAAUACACCGCGGAUGAGGCGCGGAGCUUGAAAGCUUACGGCGAGCUGCCCGAAAACGCCAAGAUCAACGAGACCGACACCUUCGGAGACGAGGAGGGCGAGUGCACAUUCGAGUUCGGCGACGAAGGCGAAGUCGACAUCGACGACAUCUGA